AUGUCCAGGCCUCUUACUGACCAGGAGAAGAGAAAGCAGAUCAGUGUCCGGGGUUUGGCUGGAGCAGAAAAUGUUUCCGAGCUCAAGAAGAACUUUAACCGGCACUUACACUUCACCCUUGUGAAAGAUCGUAAUGUGGCCAAUCCUCGUGACUACUACUUUGCCCUCGCUCACACGGUGCGUGAUCAUCUGGUGGGCCGGUGGAUCCGAACACAGCAGCACUACUAUGAACAUGACCCCAAGAGAAUUUACUACCUCUCCCUGGAGUUUUAUAUGGGUCGCACUCUCCAGAAUACUAUGGUAAACCUGGGUCUUGAAAAUGCCUGUGAUGAGGCUGUAUAUCAGCUUGGACUGGACAUGGAAGAGCUUGAGGAGAUUGAGGAAGAUGCAGGCUUGGGAAAUGGUGGUCUGGGAAGACUGGCAGCUUGUUUUCUGGACUCCAUGGCCACCCUUGGGUUGGCUGCGUAUGGUUAUGGAAUCCGAUAUGAAUUUGGAAUCUUCAACCAGAAGAUAGCCAAUGGCUGGCAGGUAGAGGAGGCGGAUGACUGGCUGAGGUAUGGAAACCCAUGGGAAAAAGCUCGACCAGAGUACAUGAUUCCUGUAUACUUCUAUGGUAAAGUCCAGCACACUCCACAAGGUGCAGAGUGGGUUGAUGCACAGCUUGUUCUUGCUCUUCCAUAUGACACCCCGGUUCCAGGAUAUAAAAAUAACACAUGUAAUACCAUGAGGCUGUGGUCAGCAAAAGCCCCUAAUGAUUUCAACUUGAAAGACUUCAAUGUGGGUGGCUACAUCCAGGCUGUAUUAGAUCGUAACCUUGCAGAAAACAUCUCCCGUGUCCUGUAUCCAAAUGAUAAUUUCUUUGAAGGUAAAGAAUUACGUCUGAAACAAGAGUAUUUUGUUGUUGCCGCUACUCUUCAAGAUAUAAUCAGACGCUUCAAAUCCUCUAAAUUUGGGUGCCGUGAUGCAGUCCGCACAUCCUUUGAUGCAUUUCCUGAAAAGGUGGCCAUACAACUCAAUGACACCCACCCAUCUCUGGCUAUCCCUGAGCUUAUGAGAUUAUUUUUGGAUGUUGAAAAACUGGAUUGGGACACGGCCUGGGAUCUGACUGUCCGCACAUGUGCUUAUACCAACCACACAGUCUUACCUGAGGCUUUAGAGCGCUGGCCAGUUCAUCUCCUGCAGAAUUUACUCCCAAGACACCUGGACAUUAUCUAUGAAAUUAAUCAGAGACACCUCAAUCGAGUCUCUGCCAUGUUUCCUGGAGACCUAGACCGCAUGGGCAGAAUGUCUCUUGUUGAAGAAGGCUCAGUUAAGCGUAUUAAUAUGGCUCAUUUGUGCAUUGUGGGCUCACAUGCAGUAAAUGGCGUUGCUCAGAUUCACUCGGAUAUCAUAAAAGACACCGUUUUCCAUGAUUUCUAUGAAAUGGACCCCCAUAAGUUCCAGAACAAGACUAAUGGCAUUACUCCCCGGCGCUGGUUAGUGUUGUGUAACCCAGGCCUGGCAGAAGUCAUUGCAGAGCGCAUUGGAGAGGAUUACAUCACUAACCUCGACCAGCUGAAGAAGCUACUGAACUUUGUCAAUGAUGAUGCAUUGAUCAGAGAUAUUGCAAAAAUCAAGCAGGAAAAUAAACUCAAGUUUGCACGGUAUUUGGAGAAUGAGUACAAAGUGAAGAUUAAUCCAAAUUCCAUGUUUGAUAUCCACGUGAAGAGAAUCCACGAAUACAAGCGGCAGCUUCUGAACUGUCUGCAUGUGAUCACCUUAUACAACCGCAUAAAGAAUGAUCCAAACAAGCAGUGGGUGCCCAGGACAGUGAUGAUCGGAGGAAAGGCUGCUCCUGGGUAUCAUAUGGCCAAGAUAAUCAUCAAAUUGAUCACUUCUGUGGGAGAUGUUAUCAACAAUGACCCAGCAGUUGGAGACAGGCUCAAACUCAUAUUCUUGGAGAACUAUCGUGUUUCCCUUGCAGAGAAAGUGGUUCCUGCUGCCGACCUUUCUGAGCAGAUCUCUACCGCUGGCACGGAGGCUUCAGGAACAGGAAACAUGAAAUUUAUGCUAAAUGGGGCUCUUACUAUUGGCACCAUGGAUGGAGCCAAUGUGGAAAUGGCUGAAGAAGCUGGAGAAGAAAACAUCUUCAUCUUCGGCAUGAGGGUACCUGAUGUGGAACGUCUAGACCGUGAAGGCUACAAUGCUCGGUCAUAUUAUGAGAGGAUUCCUGAGCUCAGGCAAGUGAUUGAUCAGCUUAAUUCAGGAUAUUUCUCCCCAAAACAACCUGACCUCUUCAAGGACAUUGUCAACAUGCUGAUGAAUCAUGACAGGUUCAAAGUGUUUGCAGAUUAUGAAGAUUAUAUGAAAUGUCAAGAAUCUGUCAGCACUCUGUACAAGAACCCCAGAGAAUGGACUCGCAAAGUGAUUCACAACAUUGCUGGAUCAGGAAAGUUUUCCAGUGACCGGACAAUUUCUCAGUAUGCCCGGGAAAUAUGGGGUGUAGAGCCUAGCAGCUUAAAAAUUCCUCCACCUGAUGUCUAACAGUACACUUUCUCCUCCUUACUGAAAUGAAUCGCUGCCUAUCAUGCAAUGUAGAAAGUGCAAAUAAUUAGAAACGUAAAACAUUUCCAUCACCCCACAAAAAUUAUUCCUAACCAAUCCCUUCAUUGAAUUAUUGCCAGCUCACAGCCUCGCUGUUAGGUCUCCUGCACACGACCGUAUGGCUUUUUCAGUGUUUGUGGUCCAUUUCUCACGGAUCCGUUGUUCCGUAUUUUGUUUCCGUUUGAGUUCCGUUUUUCAGUAUGGCAUAUACAGUAUACAGUAAUUA